CAGUUUUCAAUAUUUUCAACUCCCCCUUUUAAUAAUCACAUUCACGCCAUAUCUGCUUUCUCCCCGCCCCCUUGUUUUUCAUUCUCUCCCCGAAAUAAGAGAAAAAAAAAAACCCCCAAGGGAACCCCUAAACCUAACCCUAGGUUAUUACUGCUUAAGUGUUUCGUCAUGAAGGGUGGAAAAUCUAAGGCUGAUUCGAGGAAGGCCGACAGCAGGCUUGCUGUGAAGAAACAGUCAAAGAAGGAGAAGAAAGCAGCAAAGGACCCAAACAAGCCAAAGAGGCCUCCAAGUGCUUUCUUUGUUUUUAUGGAAGAUUUUAGGAAGCAAUACAAGGAAAAGCACCCUAACAACAAAUCAGUUGCAGCUGUUGGUAAAGCUGGUGGUGAUAAGUGGAAGUCAUUGAGUGAUGAGGAAAAGGCUCCAUUUGUGGCAAAGGCAGAGAAGAGAAAGGAGGAAUAUGAACGAAAAAUGGAAGCCUACAACAGAAAAUUGGCUGGAGGGGGUGAUGAUGAGUCCGACAAGUCAAAGUCUGAGGUUAAUGACGAGGAAGAUGAGGAAGGCAGUGGAGAGGAGGAAGAAGAUGAUGACUGAGUGCUGUGAUGGAUGAUUCGAUUAGAAGUGAUUUUGAUGCUCGGCUAUAGUAUAUGUUGAUUUCUUGACAUUGACAUUGACGUUGUCAAUAUAUGUGGAUGAUUUUCUGGACAUGGAUAGGCCUUCACCUUCCCCACUUGAUCUAGUGACCUGAAUGAGUAGUUUAUAAUAUGGGAUACUUUGUUGCUUAUGUUAACUGGUUAGACCAUGGAUGCUUAUUAUUGUAGUUUUAAAUGAAAGGCUUAGUUUCUCCCUCA